CUCGGGAGGCUGAGGCAGGAGAAUCGCCUGAACCUGGGUGGUGGAGGCUGCAGUGAGCUGAGACGUGCCAUUGCACUCCAGCCUGGGCAACAGAGCAAGAGUCAGUCUCAAAAAAACAACAACAACAAAAAAAAGUUCUAAUAUAGCCACAAUGCCAUUAUUAUACCAGCCUAAAUUAGCUCUGAUUCCUUGAUAUUAUCUAACAGAGGUGGGCACACUGCUGGGCUUGUGGACUGUUUUUGUAUGGCCUACAAACUAAGAAUGAUUUUUACACUUUUAAAGGAAUGCUUAAACAAAAAUAGUACUCAGCAGUUCUGUGUGGCCCACAAAGCCUAAAAUAUAUGCUACCUGGUUCUUACAGAAAAUGUUUGCCAACUCCAGUUUAAUAAAAUAAGUAAUUUUUCCAAAACGCAUAUCCAGGUUUGCUACUCCUUUGCCCGAAGCUCCCGAGGAUCAAGUCUGGACUCCUUAUGGUUGCAGCCCUUGUCUUUGUCUACCUGUCUGAUUUUCCCUUUGCCUGCCCCAGAUGUCUUCAGGGGGUUGAACACCAGUUCCUCUGUACCUGCUCUUCCCUUGGCACUCUUCUCUUCCUGAAGCUAUUCCUGUAGUCCAUCCCCCCUUUCCCACCCUCCAUGUCCUGUAUUUGCCUCUCUUUUUUUUUUUUUUUUUCACAUUGUCUUGCUCUGUCACCCAGGCUGGAGUGCAGUGGCAUGAUCUCAGCUCACUGCAGGCUCGCCUCCCAGGUUCAUGCCAUUCUCCUGCCUCAGCCUCCCUAGUAGCUGAAGCUACAGGCGCCCACCACCAUGCCCGGCCAAUUUUUUGUAUUUUUAGUAGAGAUGGGGUUUCACGGUGUUAGCCAGGAUGGUCUCGAUCUCCUGAUCUCAUGAUCUGCCCGCCUCAGCCUCCCAAAGUGCUGGGAUUACAGGCGUGAACCACCGUGCCUGGCCGCCUCUGUCAUUUUUAUCAUAUGGUUAUUUUCCUACCAGACUCUCCUACUAGUCUGCAGGCGCCUUGAUGGCAGGGCCUUGUCAUAUCCAUGUCUUUGGAUAGGAAUAGCCCGGGGCCUGGAAAACAAACAGGAUGCAGAUAAUAGUCUAAGUUCCUUGGGCAACACUUAGCCUCAGAAAUAACUGAUACCCUAGAAUGCAUCUCCAGUAUUGUUUAUAAGGAUAACUUAAUUAUCCUUAUGUGUUACAUUCUUUGUAUUGUCUUUAUGUUUUAGCAGCAUUUACUCUAGUGCUGUCUUGGUGCUUUUCUGCCUGUGUUUUUGAUGGAUCUUAGUAUUGAUUAACAUAGAUUUCAUUUCAAGCCAUCUAUUUUCAUUGAAGAUGCAUGUUUAUGUUAAUCCAUUUUGAUUUCACUCAAGAAGAGGAUUGGAUGAACUACAUCAGGUGACGGGACAUCAUGCGCCCCAACCCAAACAGAGGGGUUCUAAGCAGAGCCAGAACAGGGAGGCCCCUGGCCUUCACCUAGGUUAGAGAGUGUCACAUUUGAAGACGAGCACUGAGGAUGAGGAACCAACUGAAGAAUAUGAAAAUGUUGGAAAUGCAGAAUCUAAGUGGCCAAAAGUGGAGGAUCCUAUGCCUGAAUCUAAGGUUGGUGACACAUGUGUUUGGGAUAGCAAGGUAGAGAAUCAACAGAAAAAGCCUGUGGAAAACAGAAUGAAGGAAGACAAAAGCAGCAUCAGGGAAGCAAUCAGCAAAGCCAAGAGUACAGCAAAUAUAAAGACAGAACAGGAAGGUGAGGCAUCUGAGAAGAGCUUGCAUCUGAGCCCACAGCAUAUCACACACCAGACUAUGCCUAUAGGGCAGAGAGGCAGUGAGCAAGGCAAACGUGUGGGGAACAUUAAUGGAACCUCCUACCCUAGUCUACAGCAGAAAACCAAUGCUGUUAAGAAAUUACAUAAAUGUGAUGAAUGUGGGAAAUCCUUCAAAUAUAAUUCCCGCCUUGUUCAACAUAAAAUUAUGCACACUGGGGAAAAGCGCUAUGAAUGUGAUGACUGUGGAGGGACUUUCCGGAGCAGCUCGAGCCUUCGGGUCCACAAACGGAUCCACACUGGGGAGAAGCCGUACAAGUGUGAGGAAUGUGGGAAAGCCUACAUGUCCUACUCCAGCCUUAUAAACCACAAAAGCACCCAUUCUGGGGAGAAGAACUGUAAAUGUGAUGAAUGUGGAAAAUCCUUCAAUUAUAGCUCUGUUCUGGACCAGCAUAAAAGGAUCCACACUGGGGAGAAGCCCUAUGAAUGUGGUGAGUGUGGGAAGGCCUUCAGGAACAGCUCUGGGCUCAGAGUCCACAAAAGGAUCCACACGGGGGAGAAGCCCUAUGAAUGCGACAUCUGUGGGAAAACCUUCAGUAACAGCUCUGGCCUUAGGGUCCACAAAAGGAUCCACACGGGUGAGAAACCUUACGAAUGUGAUGAGUGUGGGAAGGCCUUCAUUACUUGUAGAACACUUCUCAACCAUAAAAGCAUCCACUUUGGAGAUAAACCCUAUAAAUGUGAUGAGUGUGAGAAAUCUUUUAAUUAUAGCUCUCUUCUCAUUCAGCAUAAAGUCAUCCACACUGGAGAGAAACCUUAUGAAUGUGAUGAAUGUGGGAAGGCUUUCAGGAACAGCUCAGGCCUCAUAGUGCAUAAAAGGAUUCACACAGGAGAGAAACCUUACAAGUGUGAAGUCUGUGGCAAAGCAUUCAGCUAUAGCUCAGGCCUCGCAGUCCAUAAAAGCAUUCACCCUGGGAAGAAAGCCCAUGAAUGUAAGGAGUGUGGGAAAUCCUUUAGUUAUAACUCACUACUUCUUCAACACAGAACUAUUCAUACCGGAGAGAGACCUUAUGUAUGUGAUGUGUGUGGGAAAACGUUCAGAAACAAUGCAGGCCUCAAAGUCCACAGGAGGCUCCAUACUGGGGAAAAACCAUAUAAGUGUGAUGUGUGUGGGAAAGCCUAUAUCUCACGCUCUAGCCUUAAAAAUCACAAAGGAAUCCACCUUGGGGAGAAGCCCUAUAAAUGUAGCUAUUGUGAGAAAUCCUUCAACUACAGCUCUGCCCUUGAACAGCAUAAAAGGAUUCAUACCAGGGAAAAACCCUUUGGGUGUGAUGAGUGUGGUAAAGCUUUCAGAAAUAAUUCUGGCCUUAAAGUACAUAAACGAAUCCACACUGGGGAACGACCUUACAAAUGUGAAGAAUGUGGGAAAGCAUACAUCUCUCUCUCGAGCCUUAUAAAUCAUAAAAGUGUACACCCUGGGGAGAAGCCCUUUAAGUGUGACGAGUGUGAGAAGGCCUUCAUCACAUACCGAACCCUUAUAAACCACAAAAAAGUUCAUCUUGGGGAGAAGCCCUACAAAUGUGAUGUGUGUGAGAAAUCUUUUAAUUACACAUCGCUCCUUUCUCAGCACAGAAGGGUCCACACUAGAGAGAAACCCUAUGAAUGUGACAGGUGUGAGAAGGUCUUCAGAAACAACUCAAGCCUUAAAGUUCAUAAAAGAAUCCAUACUGGGGAGAGGCCAUAUGAAUGUGAUGUGUGUGGAAAAGCCUACAUCUCACACUCAAGCCUUAUUAACCAUAAAAGUACCCACCCUGGCAAGACACCCCAUACAUGUGAUGAAUGUGGAAAAGCUUUUUUCUCAAGCAGAACUCUUAUAAGCCAUAAAAGAGUCCAUCUUGGGGAGAAACCCUUCAAGUGUGUUGAGUGUGGGAAAUCUUUCAGUUACAGCUCUCUCCUUUCUCAGCACAAGAGGAUCCACACAGGGGAGAAACCCUAUGUGUGUGAUAGGUGUGGGAAGGCCUUCAGGAACAGCUCAGGCCUCACAGUGCAUAAGAGGAUCCACACAGGUGAGAAACCCUAUGAAUGUGAUGAGUGUGGGAAGGCAUACAUCUCACACUCAAGUCUUAUCAAUCAUAAAAGCGUCCACCAGGGGAAGCAGCCCUAUAAUUGUGAGUGUGGGAAAUCCUUCAAUUAUAGAUCAGUCCUUGACCAGCACAAAAGGAUCCACACUGGAAAGAAGCCAUACCGAUGUAAUGAGUGUGGUAAGGCUUUUAAUAUCAGAUCAAAUCUCACCAAGCAUAAAAGAACCCAUAUUGGAGAGGAAUCUUUAAAUGUGAUAUAUGUGGGAACUUACAGUGGCACAUCCCAGAAGAGAACCUAUGAGGGAGGGAAUGCCCUGGAUGGGGGCAGGAUGAGGAUGCCUCUGUAGCAGGCAGAGCUUACCAAGUCUCUCCGAACUCAAAUGGAAGAAAUACCUUAUGAAUGUAAGAAUGUAGGGGGUCAUGGCUUGUAAUUUACACAGUGUAAAUGAAACCAUCCUAGAGGAUUAUGAGGAAUCCUUUCUAUGUGAUUUUCAAUCAUAGCGAGCAAGAAAGGCUCCAGUGUCAAGGUAGUUCAGCUCUUACAGGAUAUAAAACAGUCCAUACUUGAGAGAAAAACUUAGAUCUGAGUGAUGGAAUGUGAAGCAAAUCUUCAAAAUCAGUAGACAUUUCUGGACAUAAAACAGAUGAGGAAAGGACUUCAAUUAGAAGUUUCGUAAUCACCAUCAGAAAGUUCAUGUUUGGUAAAUUCUGUUACUAGAAAUGUAGGAAAUUCAGGUAUAGCUUUGAAUCCCAGUUACACAUUGGUCAGUGGGAAAACUAAGGGCCUCCAACAGGCAAAUUCAGGGAGGAUAGGUUUCAGGGAAUAUACAUUUAUUCAAUAUUAGUGGUCUUUAAGUGUAAACUUGAUGUAAUUGGUUUGGGAGGGGGCAGUGAUGAUGACUUCUGAAACAAAAUUUGGAUUUCCUUUUAGGAAAAGUAGAAAGCAUAGACUUAGAAGUCUAACAGGAGAUAGGAGAGAGUCACUCAUAAAAAAUGCAAAUUGAUGAACGUACUAUUGUGAUACAUUAGUUGAAUGGAUGAAACUUUUUUAAAGUUUCAGAUGAACUCCCAUAAUGAAUGAUGAAUUUGUGAUGAGGGAUAACCUGGAAGUGGUAUUCACACAUUGUGCUACAAUAAAAGGUUCUACCGUGGAGAGGAUUUUGACACAUUCAGUAACUAAUGGAACACACCGUCAACAUGAAUUUGCACCUUACAUGACAGAAGUGAUUCAGGGAUUCCUAUGAAUAGAAAUGCUGAGAAGGAACGCAUUUUAUUGCAGAAGCUAAAAAGCUAAAGUACCAGUCAUCUAGAGAGAAGGAAAUUAAUGUUUCUUAAUAAUCCUGUUAAAUGUUUGAUUGUUUUUGGAAUGUGUUAUUGUAAAGAUGUCAUGCAGGACAUGUAUAUGUUGUCUGUUGUAAAAUGUUAACGAAUACUUUGUUCAGGGCUCACUCUCUCUUUGUCAUGAAAGCCAGCUCCUUGUGGCGAGGUAAAGUGGAAUUCCAAUAAAGAAAUUCCUUAAAUCAAAA